AUGUCAGACUAUGAGCUCAUGGCUAGUGAACCAGACCAAGCUGCCUCCCCACCGUCCUCACCGUUCUCUUUCGUUUCGUCCAUUCACCCGGUUGAUUCGCCUUCUGACCUGAGUCUGGCGGAGAGUAUACUUGCCGAUGACCAGGAGACGGUUGAUGUUCGCAGCGUCAGCGGUUCCGAAUACGAUUGGUCAUUUGUGCACCAAGGCAGCGGCGCUGACCACGCACACCAUUCAUCGGCCUUCGCCUCCAACGUGACCGACAGUGUCUGUUCCAUUAGAAGCCCCUCUCGGACUCCUUCGCCACAGCUCAAGCAGCCUUCUUUUGUUGUGGAGCCUUCUCCCCUACCAACACCCAGAGAACGAUCUCCACAAGUUCUCCAGAUCCCUGUGUUGGAUGCGUCUGCUCAACCACUCACCCUUGUCAGGUUACUCAAUCUACCGCCCUACUACACGUUGGAAGAUCUUGUCAACCUGUUGACGAAAAGGACCCCAACAAUCUGCGACACCUUCCGGUACAUUGGUAGAGUUCCUCUGCCUCUCUGGAUCAGCUUUAGGCCACCAAAUGCGCAGGUUGAGGCGGUGCAGACUAAAGCGAAAGCACCUGAGGUGCCUACAAGUUCUGCCCUCCUUCGCUUCAUGAACCCAGAAGACGCGGCAGGUCUGUCUGACAUUCUCGAAUAUAUGAAAAAUCGACUUGCGAUGAUGGAUGGAGGAGAAUUCUGGUUCUGGCUACUGGAUGUCGACACAAUUCUCCUCAGUGACGAAGAGGCGGAGAAGGGUGAAGAAGAUAAAGGGCUUCUUUGGGUCGCUGACUGGCUGAGGAGCGACACUAUCAGUGACAUGCAAACCAAGAACACCGCUAAAAAGGCAGCAUCAGAGUCGAUCACUUCCAUUCUCUUGACCCCGUUACCUUAUGAAGUGUGCCUCUCCGACCUGGUAAACCUGUUUACCACGAACGCCGCCGAAUCCGCUCCUCGACCGAGACGCAUCUCCCUUCUACCAGACCUUGCCGUACACACAAUCUUCCUUCCUUGCUGCAUUCUGCAGUUCCCCGAUCAUGUGACUGCAAAUCAGGCCAUGACUUUUUGGUCACGGUAUGAUACGCUUUUCUUCGAGGUGCUGCUAGGCGGCGCACCCUGCUCUUUGGAAGCAGCAUGUAUGUCAUCCGGAACAAGGCGGUGCCCGUUGGAAUGGAAACUUGGCGAUUGGUGGUUCUACAGUGGUUUCGUUCGAAACGCACAAAUUUGGGAGCAUCCCAGUCUUGCUACCAAGGACGCGUUUCGUGCGAAGGAGGAUGUAAGCGGCCUUCUGGAAGAAUUUCCUUCUCAUGUUGCUCGCCGCAGGAGACUCGGUGCGAUGGGCUUACAAUCUUCGCCACAUUGCCAGGUAUCAACUAAGCAAUCUGCCCUGCUAACGGCUCUUCCUCCUGAUGUCGAUUUGGAUGAAAUUGUCAAGGUCUACACUACUCCCCCGGUCCUUUCAUCGUCAUCGUUAACAUCAUCAGCAAUUGAAGACUCGUUCAAAUCUGCUGAAAGCAUGCACACGGACGUGCCGAAUCGACAAGAAGACUCCGUUCGGCCACAGGACAGCAGCCAAUCGACACGGACCAUUCCACUGCCUUCAUUCAUUUCCAUUUUGUACUCUCAUCCGAAGAUCUGUCCUGGGUCUCGCAUGGCUGUCAUAUCGUUCGCCUCUGCUGCAGACUUCGCAGAGGCCACUUGUCUCCUGCCACCCUCUAUGUGGUUUCACCCUGGGACUUGGGCGCACCCUCGAGGCAGCUUUGUGAAACCGGAAGAGCGCGACGGGACAGAGCAGUUAUAUCAGUGUUCGUAUGUGUAUGGGGACUAUAGUUGGCUUCAUCACAGUUCUCUCGGGAGAAGGACGACCUGGGUAGCUGCUGUUUAG